AAUUUGUCCUGUCAUGGUAAUUCUGAAUUUUGACACCCCCAGAGAGAUCUUCAACAGCUCCACAGCAAUCCAGGGACGGUCACCGGAGCAGAGCUGAUGAAACAAGCUUCCUGAAGGUUGGCAAAGUUGAGAACUUUACCCAGGGAGCGGCCAGCCCUGCCAUUAGACAGAGUGGGACACAAGCCUCAGACAGCUGAUUUGUGGGGUGUCAUGAAAAGACUUUCCUGAGUGGCAUUGAAUUAGGGUUGCUCCAAAAUGUCUUCAAGUGUCAAAUGUACUGAAGAGGACAUCAAUGCCUUCGGAAAGCACCUCGAGAAUUUCUCACCAGGCAACCUAAGAAGGAUCACUGAGCACUUCCACCAAGACUUGAUUUAUGUCGUUGAAAAUGACGUUACUGUGGUGCUUCAGGGACUGGUGGCUGGGAGGGUCCUCACGGCUCGGGAAGCUCAGACUUAUGAAGACGUAAAGAAUCAGCAGGAUUCAACCAGAGCAGCGGAGAAGCUGGCUGAUGACUUUCUCUCGGGGAGCAUGAAGAUGGCUGUUGGGCUCUGGAAGUGUCUCUUUGCUCUGAGGAGCAAGUGGUCUCAUCCCAACCUUGAUGGGAUGGUGGAAGAAAUCCUCCAGAAUGGUCCAGCUCUGUUAGAAGAGAUUACCCUGAAUGAAUGUGGACGCACCCUUGACCCGGAAGUCAAAGUUUGGCAAGAGGAACAGAAAUCUCUUCUAUAUGAACAAACCAGACAUCUGAGAGAAGGCAGCAGAGAAGCACAACCCGAGGAGUCCUGUUUCCCCAUUGUCAGCCGCUACGUAGACCUAAAAAUGGUCUCGGAUAACAAGUUCAGGAAACGGAGCUAUCAGGAACAUGAGGCGCUGGCAGCUGCUGGUGAGCUGAAUGAGUUUCGCCUCCGCCACAAAAUACAGGUCGAUCUGGAGCGCAUCACGCCGGACCGGCUGUUCCGCUGGUGCUUUCGAUCACGCCGCACACCCCGUUCCGUGAUGUUGAGCGGGGUGGCCGGAGUGGGCAAGACGACCCUGGUGCAGAAGUUUGUCUUUGACUGGGUAGAGGGAAAACACUACCAAAAGUUUGCCUUCCUUUUCUUCUUCAAAUUCCGGGACCUCAACGCUGUGGAGAAAGGGGCCACCCUCGAAGGCCUGAUCCAGCAACAGUACCCCAAGAUGCAUGACAAAGUUGGGAAAAUCCUAGAGGACCCAGAGAAAUUGCUCUUCAUCUUUGAUGGCUUGGAUGAGAGCAAAGACAAUCUGGAUUUGAGUUCCUCAGACCUCUGUGUCCAGCCAGGAGAUGUGAAACCGGUUAACGUGAUUGUAGCCAGCUUGCUGAAACAGAAGCUUUUGAAGGGAUGUUCGGUUCUCCUGACCAGCCGCCCGAGCAGACUCGUCCAUUUGGAGACAGGAGUCCUCCACAGAGUGGCCACUAUUGUGGGCUUCCUCUCUCAGGAAAGAGUGAGGUACUUCUACAACUUCUUUGGAGAGGAUGCGGUUGCCCAAAAGGCCUUGGCCCAUGUGAGGGACAGCCAAGUUCUGUACACCCUCUGUUACAAUCCCUCCUACUGCUGGAUUACCUGCACUGCGUUGCAACCUUGCUUCACCUCCAAUUCUGGACAGCCACAUGCUCUUCCCAGCACUGUGACUCAACUCUUCAUAAGCUUUGUGAAGCAUAUGGUGGCCAACCACACCAGGGGGCUCUCUGGGGACACAAAUGUACGGGAGAUACUGAGAAGACUUGGCUCUUUGGCUGACUGGGCCCUUAACAACCGCAGUCUUGUUUUUGAUGAGAACGCAUUGGAGGUCUUCAUUGCGAUGGUGUGUCAUCUCCCUACGUGCUUCCUGGUGGAGAACUUCCAAGGUGACUCCUCAUCCUUCCCGGUCACCUAUUCCUUCGUUCACCUCACCGUUCAAGAGUUUUUUGCUGCCCUUGUUCAUUACUUGGAUGGCGAGGAGGACAAUUUUAAAGACACAAUGGAAAAAGCCAAAGGCAGCCAAGGUGGCGAAUAUGAAAUUUUUCUCCGCUUCCUGUCUGGCCUGUCUCAUCCCACUACUAGGGCACCCUUGGAAGAAAUUCUGGGAACGUUCUCGCCAGUGAUCACUCAAAAAGUCAUUGAUUUGAUCAUAAAGAUGGACUGUAAAACUCUCCUGAGUACAAGGAGCCAGGAUGGUAAAAGGAAAGCCCUGAAUUUCUUCAAUUUGCUUUUUGAGGCUCAAAACAGCCAACUUGUGCGCCAGGUGAUGGGAAAUGCUGCCCGUGUGGACUUCUCCGGACUGAUCCUCACGCCUGUCGAUUGUGACAUCCUUGCGUACGUCCUGAGCUGUUGCGAAGGAGUUGAGCUCCUAAACCUUGAUUCCUGCUAUGUCCAAACUGAGGGGUUGGAGAAGCUCAGUCCUGAGCUGCACAAAAUCAGAGAACUGAGCCUCUGCAGUAAUUAUCUGAAGGAUUCAGCAGUGAAGCACCUUGGUUCUGCCUUGAAGAAUCCAGAGUGCCAAAUGCAUAGACUGAGUUUGGCAAAGAAUGUGCUUACCGAAAAGUCCUGUGAAGAUCUGAGUCUGGUUCUCUUGCGGAAUCACAGCCUCUUAACCCUUGACCUGGCCGAGAACAAGAUGCGUGAUGAAGGCCUCUCCAUCUUGUUGGGAGUGUUCAGAAAUCCACAGUGCAAGAUACAGAAACUAGUCAUCCAGGAAAAUGCCUUGACAGAUGCAUCCUGCAAAAUACUAUGUUCUGCUCUUGCUGAAAACACCACCCUCACACAUCUGAACCUGAGUGGCAACCCUUUCACGGAUCGAUGCGCUAAUGAAAUGCGUAAUCUCAUCCUGACCUGUCGUUCUCUUAAAGAAAUCAGGCUGAGCCUAAGUGACAUCACUCCAGCGAUGGAAGGACAGCUGAAAAAACUUGAAAGUGACCGAGAAGACCUCAAGAUAAUAAUUUAAGCACUUUUUAUUGGAUCAUCCACCCAGCUCCACCCAUGAAGAGCCUUCUCUGUAGCGGCACCCCCUGUCCUGUCCAACUCUCUAAUGAUAGUGACAGUAGUGAAUUCUGGACUGUAAUGAACUGUGUUUGGGUUUAUGCUUGGAGGAGUGUGAGGUGCUUUCCAGAUGUUCAGUCUACACCUCCUAUUAUCCCUAAUAUUGGCCGUGCUGGCUGGGGUUGAUGGGAGUUGUGGAUCCAAGCAACUGGAGGCCCCCAGGUUGUUACCCCUGCUUAGAGUAUGGGGUGCUUCAGCAAGUGGGAGGGGGCACUGGACGGAGCAUGAAAUUGUGGCUGGGGGUGGGAGUUUGGCUGACUGACAGUUGGAAAGGGAUCAGCUGGUGGGAAUUUAGUUACGACAGCCUUCCCCAACCUGGUGUCCUCCAGAUGUUUUGGACCACAACCCCCAUCAGCUCCCCCAGCCAGGGAUGAUGGGAGCUGUAGUCCAAAAUAUAAAGUAGGCAUCAAACUCGAGAAUGUUGCUUUAAGAGAAAAACAGUUCUGAUUGCAUUUAUCCUGGAUAUCAGUUUACUGUGAAUUUUGUUUUGAUUGUUCCUGAAUUAAACACACACACACAAAACCUCCGUUAACACCGGGUAACUGUCAAUGAAACCUUCAGGGGGGGUUUCCACAAAUAUGCUAAUAGUAGUCUGUCGGCCUUGUGUUGUUGACAGGGAAACCUACAUUUAAAGACCGUUAUUUCCACUUCCACAGUGCCAUUGGCACAGUCAGGGUGCUUUCAAGCCAUUUUCCUUAUUGUGCAAUUUCCCUGGCCCAAAACAUUGGAUUUUAUUGGAGGGAUUUGUAACUUUCCAUGUUAUUCUUCUGCUUCUUCAGUCUUUUUUUUUCAUUCUAUUAAUUUUUUUUUUGUUAAGGAGAGAAUAAACAGGUAUUGUUCCCAGCUGACUUCCCUGACCCCCAGCUGGCUUAUCACUGCCCUUCCUAGCGUGUCCCCCCCCAGUCUCCCUAGUACCCACUGCUCUCUUUCGCCUCUCCCCCCCCCCCCAGCUUACCAGUCAGAAGUGACAGAAGUCCCUUUUUCUUGAUGGCUGGGGGCACACUCUAGAGGAAAACAUCGGCCUGCAGCCACCCACCAUCUUCAUUUCCUAAGAAUGGGCAUUUCCACAUGAGGCAUUUAUCAUGUGCUCAUCAUUCCCUACUCAUUGUUGUUUUACAGAGACUUGAGAUGAUGUCACAACCCUCUAGUUUCACUUCUGCCUCUAACCAGCACUUUUUUUUUUUAAAGCAAGGGAAAUGUGUCAUUUCAUUGUGAAAACAAAAGGGAGCAUGAUUUCCUCUUGUAUAAUUCCACUAUGCCACAGUGACACCUAGAGGCAUGAAAUAAAAGCAUGGCAAACUAUGCUCACCUGGCAGCAUCCAUUGCAACAGGCUGCAACUGAGGGAGAGAUGGGAAGCGAGGCUCAUUCCGUUGUCUCUGCUGACAGACCGGCUCCAUUGGACAACUCCAUUCCCUAAACUGUUUCCGUCCUGCUGGUCUUUAUAAGAACAAUUAUGAAACUUGAAGAACUGGUGCUUCCCUCUCCAUCCUUUUGGGUUCUGUCUUAUAAAUUAUGGAUGGGCAAAAGGUUUUGAACUCCAGAUGUUUUGAACUCCCAGAAGCCCUUGCUAACAGCCAGGGUCAGGAAUACCAGGAGUUGGAAGUCCAAAACAUCUAGAGAUCUACUUUUUGCCCAUCGCAUAUUUUAGAUUGUAAGCAUGUAUGCAGAGUCUGUAUUAUUUUUUGCUCUCUGGAAGGCAACUAAAUGCUUAAAAUAAACAAUAACAACAACCAA